AAUUAACGCCAAAAAACGGCCACAGCACGGCCGCCAGCUAGCUAAUCGACACACGCGCGGCCGCAUUGCUUCUUCCCAAUGGAGAAGAAGAGGGUGGCCAUCGUGGGCGCCGGCGUGAGCGGCCUGGCGGCGUGCAAGCACCUGCUGGCGCGGGGCUUCCUGCCGGUCGUCUUCGAGGCGUCCGAGGAAGCCAUCGGCGGCGUGUGGGCGCGCGCGCUGGCGUCCACGCGGCUGCAGACGCCGCGGCCGUUCUACGAGUUCUCCGACUUCCCCUGGCCGCCGGACGUGGCCGAGGUGUUCCCGGACCACGCCCAGGUCACGGCGUACCUGCGCUCGUACGCGCGGCGGUUCGGCGUGCUGGAGCGCGUCAGGUUCGGCUGCCGGGUGGCCGGGAUGGAGUACGACGGCGUCGGGGAAGAGGAGAUGAUGGGCGCUUGGGACCGCUGGGCCGGCUGCGGCGAGGCGUUCGGGGACGGCCGCGGCGAGUGGCGGCUCACCGUGCAGCAAGGUUCCGACGACGUCGAGACGCACAUCGCGGACUUUGUGAUCCUGUGCACCGGCAAAUUCAGCGGUGUGCCAAACAUACUCACAUUCCCACCUGACAAAGGGCCGGACAACUUUGAUGGCACGGUGAUCCACUCCAUGGACUACUCCGACAUGGGUUCUGCCAAGGCCGCGCAACUUAUCAGGAGCAAGCUCGUCACCGUCGUCGGCUACCAGAAGUCUGCUCUCGACAUUGCUGCUGAGUGCGCAAACAUAAACGGAGCCGAGCACCCGUGCACAAUAAUAUGUCGCACGGAAAAAUGGACCAUACCAGACUCCUACGCUUGGGGUGUCAACUUUGCAUUCUUCUGUCUCAACCGCUUCUCGGAACUCCUGGUUCACAAGCCAGGGGAGGGGCUGCUCCUUAGCAUUCUUGCUACCAUCUUAUCACCCUUGAGAUGGGUGUUCUCUAAGUUUGUCGAGAGCUACUACAGAUGGGCGGUGCCCAUGGAUAAGCAUGGCAUGGUGCCAGACCACAGUUUCUUCCAGGCCAUUAGUUCAUGCUUGAUUGCAAUAUUGCCAGACAAAUUCUAUGACAUGGUUGAUAAAGGAAGCAUUAUUCUCAAGAAAGCAAAGAGCUUCAGCUUCUGCAAACAAGGUGUAACUGUGGAAGGAGAAUCUGUGCCGAUAAAGAGUGAUAUAGUCAUAUUUGCCACUGGAUACAAGGGAGAUCAAAAGCUCAGGGAGAUAUUCACAUCAUCCUUGUUCAGAGACAUUGUAACUGGCUCUCCAUCCAAUGUUAUUCCUCUCUACAGGCAAUGCAUACAUCCUAGGAUCCCACAACUGGCAAUCAUCGGCUAUUCUGAGAGCAUAGCAAACCUUUACACCUUUGAAAUGCGCUCCAAAUGGUUGGCUUGUUUCCUUGACGGAGUAUUUCAAUUGCCUAGCAUACAAUCUAUGGAGGCAAAUAUAAAGGAAUGGGAUGAAUACAUGAAGAGGUACUCUCGUGAAUACUUCCGUCGAUCUUGUAUUGGAGCUCUCCACAUCUGGUACAAUGACCAGUUGUGCCAAGACAUGGGGUGUGAACCCAGGAGGAAGAAGGGGUUCUUGGCAGAUUGGCUGAUGCCAUAUCUUCCAGCAGAUUACAAGGAUAUCGACCUGAAGAAAUGACCUGCUUCAAUUGUUUGUGAUGUGCUCUAGGCAAAAGGGCACAGUAGGCGUUCUAAUCUCAUAGAGAGUAGGUAGUGUAAUCUCAGAAGUUCAUUGAGUUUGGCCUUUGUCAUAAGAUAUGUGAAAUGUCACACCAUCGUUGCUCUUGAAUGAAAGAGAAAAUUAUCAUUCAAGACAUGCUGUUAUGGCUAUUGUAUGAACUGAAUAUCCUAGAAUAAGCUCUUCAGUUGAAACUAAA